UUAACAUUGAAAUCUCAUCUUAACAUUAAACCAAAAAAAAAAAAACAUUUAAAUCUCAUAAGAACCAAGGCUGGUUCACCCUCUGCCUGAAACCUGAUCAAAACCUAACCAAUGACACAAGUAUGAAGAAGAAGAAGAAGAAGUCAAGUGGGUAUGUUUUGGCUAGAGUCCCAAUUCCCGAUUCUCCUUGUGUGCACUUCUCGGGUCUUGUAGCGGUUGGUUCUAAUAUCUACAACAUUGGCGAAUCCAUAAAUUUUUCGCUCUCCUCUAGCGUCUCUGUUCUGGAUUGCCGGUCUCACACGUGGCGCGAGGCUCCAAGCUUGCCGGUGAAGCUAAUUUCACUCUCUGCUAGCGUCUUUGAUAGAAAGAUAUAUGUCGCAGGGGCCGCAGGGCGGUACAACGAUGUCCGUUCCGAUAAUUUGAAGACCUCGUUGGAAGUGUUCGACACAAAAACACAAACUUGGGAUCCUGAGCCCAUCCCUUGCAGUGAGAUAAAAGACAGCUUUAAUUGCAGAAGCAUAUGGAUUGACGGAAAGUUCCAUGUGGCGACUCACAAAGAUUUGUUUGCUUACAAAUCCAAGGAAGGUAGAUGGGACACGGUUGAACCACGACAGGCGAUGCAUCAUUAUUUGUAUUCAGAUUCUUAUUGCAAGAUAGACAAUGUUCUCUACUCUGCUUCUGAUGGAGCGUUCAGAUGGUAUGACACUGACAUAAGUAUGUGGAGAAAUUUGGUAGGACUUCCCAAGUUAUUACAUCUUGGUUAUCGUGUUAGAUUGGCUGACUAUGGCGGAAAGCUAGCUGUUUUGUGGGAAGAGGAGCUGCCUUAUUAUUCUGGGACUUCUCUCCGCUAUGAGAAGAUGAUUUGGUGUGCGGAGAUUUCGCUUGAAAGGCGCAAAAGUUGGGAAAUUUGGGGGAAAGUUGAGUGGGUUGAUCAUAUGCUUACAGUCCCUAGAACUUAUGAACUCGUGAGUGUUCUUACUACUACUGUUUGAUAUGUGAGUCACAAAGGCUUGAACGUGUGUUGCUAUAAUCUUGGUUUAUAUCUCUCUGUUUAUUUAUAGUCAUAUGGAAAAAGCUUCCCAUUGAAAUUGUUUUUUUUUUUUUUUUUGAAAAAGGAUUGUUCUUAAACUUUAAUGUUCUCUCUUGUGACCUUUUUUAUCGACAUGUCUCAACUGCACUAAGUAUUUCACUGUA